UCCACUGGUCAAAAUGAACCUAGACCCAUUGGACGCGUCCAUCCAGAGCUGUUUGUGUGUCCUCUACCCGCCGUUUGAGGUCACGGCCCCAACUGUCCUCAGCCAGCUCUUCCAGGUCAUUGAUGGACAUUACCAAGGAGACGCCCUCCGGUGUUUGACCGACUUCCUCAUCCCUGCCAGACAUCUUCUGGAGAGUGUGCAGCAGGCGGCCUGUGCUCCGUACUCCGAGAAGGUGUUCCGUUGUGCUGGCUGGCCUUUGUGUUUACACAAUCGGAUUGUGAUCCAGCUCACUACUAUUAACCCUCUGCUGCUCAGACCAGGAGAUUUCUACCUGCAGGUUGUGCCUUUUGGGAACCAGGCCAUCCGCAUUGUGGUCCAGAGCCUUCUUGAUGAAGAGGAACGUGAACUAGAGGAGACCAAAUAUCCCAGUAUCUUCAGCAAGAACUGGCUCAAGGAGCUCAAUACGGGACGACAUGGAACAUCUCUCACUCGUUGCAUCCUCAAAACUGAGCAGGGUAUAGUCAAGGUGCCCUGGGACAAGGUGGCCACCCCUGAAUUUGAAGAGAAGCACCAGAGUAUGGCCUCUUCUGCACCUUCAAACCAAGAAGAUUCGUCAAGUUUGUCCCACCAGCAGGGUGCAACCACAACCCCUUCGACUUUCUCAGUUGAGACACGGAUUUGUCCUGCAAGGGAUGGUAUAGCUGUGUCCUUACGUUUGGUAGACAGCAGCAGUAGUUCUAGACACAGUGAGAUGGAUCGGGCUGACAUGCGACCGGUGGGUUGGGUUUCCCCAAACACGUGGGACAGCAGAAGUAAGAGCAGUUUUGUAGGCAAUUUAGAUGACCCAAUGGACCUCCCAAAAGAAACCCAAGGAUACUCAAGGACAUGGGUGCAACCUCAUACUCCUCUACUAAAGUCAAACCGAGCAGGUUCCUCAAGUUCUAAUGGAGCCACCAGGGACCAUACAGCUUGUGUACGUACCGUUAGGUUUGCAGAGGAACCCUGUACACCAUGCAUGCAGAGGAAACACAGACAAGGGACCAAAGUCCAAGAGUGUCAGUACAGGAAGUCCUACAUGGAGGCACAGGAGAAACUCAUUUACCCCAAAGAAAGACUUGAGCUUCCCUUUGAAAGUCUUGUUGAUUCUAGAACCCUUCAUAGACCUGCUCUGGAAACUCCAGCUUGUUGCGAUUCCUUGAAAAAUGGUCAGCAGAGCAACAGCCUUGGUAACUGCUUGAAUGAAGGGUGUAGGGAAUGGACUCAGAACAUUUCUCAGGACAGGAUUGAUAGUGGUAAAGGAAUACUCAAUUUUACUCCACCUGUGGUUGGGACCUCUGAAAAAUGUCACAUUGUUGUCCAAGGACAAACAACCGAGGUGGACAGAAACAGCUACAUAGAAAUGAUUCCAAGGCUUCAUGUGGUGCCAGGGAAGAAGACCACAGCAUUUGGACUUGUAUCUCCAAAGAUUAACAGAAGAAGACUACAGAAUCAAGAUGGCCCUCAGGACACAAAAACUCUACCCCCUACGGUUACUGGACCCCAAAUAAAUCUUUCAGACACCUCAGCCAAAGCUAACUUAAACACACAGACUGACAAAGAGAGGCCGCCAUCCAGAUCUUCUACACCUCCUUCACUUACAGCAAAUGGCCUCCUACACUCAGGACUGCUGUGUCUUACAGGUGGUCAGGAUCGGUCAGGCAGGGCAGUUCUGGAGAUUUAUGGAGAUCAUCAGGUCUGGGGUUCAGCUCUUAUUUCCAGCCAGGAGCUCUGCAAACUACUUCUGUAUCUCCACACCAUCACUAGAAAAGAGAUGAAAGACCUUGGGAUGACGGUUGUGUUUGUUGCACGGAAGAAGCCAGUUCACCCGGAGUUCAGCAAAGCUCUCCUGAUGGUGCAGGAACUCACUCCUCACGCUGUGCAUUGGGUUCUGCUGCUGGUUAAUAAGGACAGCAGCCACAUUCAUGAGAAAAGGCCCGGCGUAACGAUGGAAAUCGUGACCUCAUUCAAGGCUCUUUAUAAAAUAGUGGACGCCAGUCAACUGACUGCAGCCCUACAGGGGUCAUUGCCUUACGAUCAUGCUGACUGGCUACAAAUCCAUCAGAAACUCUAUCCGUUUGUAUCAGACCUGCAAGACGCCUCAGCCCUGCUGUCAGGAGCUAUAAAGAAACUGGAAGGUGUUCAUAAAAUCGAAACAGUGCAGGAUGUCCAGCAGUGCAUUAUAGAACAGAGAGCCCUGAUGAAGGAUGUGCAGGAAGACACCCGACUGGUUGCCUUGCAAAGAGAAGGCGGAACCAUGCUGGCUAGGCUGAGGAGGGAAACUGAUGUGAGGUCACCGCAUUGUGAGCAGAGCCGUGAGGUGAUAGAUACAGUGACUGAUAUGUAUAAUGCACUUGAGGAGCAGGUACAUGUGCUGGCUAGGAAGUCCAACAUGUCCCUGCAACACCUGAACUUCCUGUUACAGCUCAGAGAAAUGGAGUCCAGAUUCACCAAGAUUAAAGAAUGGUUUGACACAGAAGGAGAGAAGCAGCUUCAGCAGGCUGAAUCUGUGGACGACACCAGUGAACGAAUCCAGCAAACACUGCAGAGCUUCAAAGCUUUCCUUGCAGAAGCAAACGAGCGAAAGAACCAGGCGAUGAUGUUGGUGUCGGAUGCAGAGAGUGUGCAGGGGCCAAACUAUCCUGAGACAGAAGUGUUCUACAGCAUGGUGUCCAACUUUAAAUCCAGUCUGACCGACUUCCUGUCGCGAGCAGAAUGGUGCUGUGAUGAGCUCGGGACUAUGGUGUAUAUCUGCCACUUUUGUGAAAGGGCUUCAGCUGUGGCCAGUGACUGCAGACAGUUUUUGGAACAGGAGCAGUUUUGUUGCUCCCUGGAUCAAGAGAGAUGGCUGCAGCUCCAGGCGUACCUGCAGAGGUUAGAUGAGUUUUCACCAGAGCACUUCCAGGAUAUGAGAGUACAGGCAUGUUCUCUGUCUAGCUCAAGAGCGCUACAGGUGUGGAACACCGCCUGGCUCCACUAUCAGGAGGUCAGACAACAUCUGGAGGAGAGACUGAUGCUCCUAGAAGAAGCUCUACAGGUUUCCCUCACAGUCACACCUGGUCAACACCACUCUGAUUGGCAGGAGAUGACUCCAGGUGAGGGGACAGAGCCUGUUAGUGGAUUGUCAAUAGAAGAACCUGUACAACAUGAGCAGGACCUACCAGUGUUUGCGUCUGAGCGGUCGGAGUGCAGGGCAAGUCGAGCGAGAGAUAGUAUCCACGGUACUGUGAGCUGCUUCAACUUCAGGUCAGACAACAAAAGCCGGAAAACCUCCAAAAAUUCACAAAAGGCAAAAGAAACUAAGACAGAAUGCACCCAAAAAGGUAAAAAUGUUGUUAGAAAAGAAGCCCAUGACCAGAAACCCAUUGUAGGGUCUGGUUCUGAACAUGAGAUCAUGGAACCAGCCUUCUCCCAGAACCAGCAGCAGGCUGUCCAGCGGUACCAGAACUCUCGAAAUGGCAGCUUUUGCUCUGAGACGCCCCGCGGUGAGAAAGAGGGUGCAAGAGAUGUCACUCUGUUUGGAGACAGUUGGAGAACUGAUGGAGAAAAAGCUGCCUCCACCCCAGGGAGCCCAAGCAGAACCAUGAAGCUUCAUCGUAUCAUGGAGGAGCUCUUGAUGACGGAGGUGGAGUAUGUGCGCUCUCUGGCCUACAUCCUGACUCACUACUUCCCCCUGCUAGCCAGACCUGAUGUGCCACAGGAUCUGCGCGGUCAGCGUGGGCGGAUCUUCGGUAACCUGGAGAAACUAUAUGACUUUCAUGGGCAACACUUUCAGCAGGAACUGGAGACGUGUCGGGCAGAGCCGCUGAGAGUCGGGCGUUGUUUCCUAAAACACAGAGAGAAUUUUGGACUCUACGCUCUUUACAGCAAGAACAAACCCCAGUCAGAUGCCCUCAUCCAACAUCAUAAAUACUUCAAACGUAAGCAGAUGGAGUUGGGUGACAGUAUGGAUUUGUCCUCCUACCUGUUGAAGCCCAUCCAGAGGAUCAGUAAAUACAGUCUGCUGCUACAGGAGAUUCUGGAGGACUGUGUGCCAGAUCAGAGUGGAGAUCGAGAAGAAAUCCAGGCCGCUUUAGAGAUCGUCAGAUUUCAACUACGACACGGGAACGAUCUGCUCACCAUGGAUGCCAUCCUUGGCUGUGAUUUAAACCUGAACGAGCAGGGCCAACUUAUACGUCAAGAUGACUUUUGCGUAAUUUUCCGUAAGAAACGGUCGCUGCGGCGAGUGUUCCUCUUUCAAGAUGUCAUCCUUUUCACUAAGACCAAAAAAAACAACCACGGAGAUGAUGUGUAUGUUUACAAACUGUCUAUCAAGACUUGUGAGAUCGGAAUGACACACUCCUGCGGUCAGAGCGGCCUGUGUUUUGAGAUCUGGUUUAGGAGGAGGCGAUCUCAGGACACCUACAUCCUACAGGCAGAGACAUGCGAUGUCAAGGAGGCCUGGACUAGAGACCUGGAGCUAAUACUGUGGGAACAAGCGCUGAAGAGCAGAGAGUUGAGAAGACAAGAGAGACUGUUUAUGGGAAUGGGCUGGAAACCUUUUGUUGACAUCCAGUCCAGUAAUGCAGCCGUAAACGAUCAUACCGUGAAUUGUGAUAUCACAGUAAGAGAAAAUGUAGGUUUACUGAAAACGCCCAAUCCCCUGGUGUCUGGCCUUCAAAGAGGCGUGUCAUUGCCAAGGCCAGAUUCGAUUGGCUCUGGCAGCAGUACGUCAACCGCAGGCAGCCACUCAUCAUCCUCGUCUGGGCGGGGCUCCAUGUCACCCAGCACUUUCCUUGGAAAAUACGAUGGACACUUAAACAUUUUACGGUGCAAGGCCACACACUCUGAUGCUGAUCUGAGUGAUGAGGAUUACCAAAUAGAGGAUCCUGAUUAUCAGUCCAUACAAGCAGAAGAGACUGGGGACACUUCUUUUGAAUCCAUGGAUGAGCAGGAGGUUGCCUCAACAAGCUCAUCUUCUAAACCACCGCCCUGUAAUAAGAGAAGAAAAGGGAAAAACACCCUAAAAACAGUUUCCUUGGCAGAGCCAGAAGACACCCCUGACCCUAGUUCACCCUCAGGUUCAAACAAAGGCACUAAGAGAAUCUGGAAGUAUGAAGAUAAUGAGGCAUUCCAGGUUCCUGAUUCAAGAUUUGAACCUACUAAUGUUGUAAAGACACCCUUCCAGUACUUCAAAACGCUCUUCACUGAAAAGACGAUUGAACAUAUUGCUCAACAUACUAAUCUGUACUCAGCACAGGAGUUGGGAGAUCCAAUCAAGACUAGCCCUGAAGAGAUUUAAGAUUUCUUGGCAAUACUGCUCUUCAUGGGUGUUUUCAGCUUCCUAUCCUUGGAGAACUACUGGCACCACGAGUCACAUUUCAAUGUGAUAGCUGAGAUCAUGCCGAAGAAACGAUUCAAGCUUUUAUGCUGGUUCAUUCAUUUGAAUGAUAAUCAGCAGUGCAAUGACAGUCCAGACCGAUUUGACAAAAUCCGCCCCCUUUUUGAGAUGCUUCAUGAGCAGUGUCUCCUGAUCUCAUCCACUUACAACCACAGUGUGGAUGAGGUCAUGGUGACAUAUAAAGGCAGAAGGGCUGGCAUUCUCCACCAAUAUAUUGCCAACAAGCCAUAAAAGUGGGGCUUUAAAUUGUUCUGCUGGGCCAGUUCAUCUGGCAUCAUCCAUGACCUACUGCUCUAUCAAGGCACAUCCACAUUUUUUAAUGUUGCCCUAAGUGAGCAGGAGCAAGUGCUACCUCUAGGGGCCAAACUGGUGACAAUGUUAUGCAAAACCAUAACACAGCCACUGCUUUCAUUUGUCUUCUGUGACAGCUACUUCACUAGUUUCAACUUGGUCCAGAACCUGCAUGCAAACCUGGGUGUCAAGUGUAUCGGCACUGUCUGAUCAAACCACAUCGGCUCCCUUGAUGACAGACAAAGAGCUGAUGAAGAAAGGACAUGGAGCUUUUGAUUACAGGUCUGCUGAAAGGGUGAACGCACUGAAAUGGUUUGACAACAUGACAUGCUGGUACACAUGUACAAGACCCCAGCCAAGUCAAGGCGAUGGUACUUUCCCCUGUUCACAUACAUCCUUUACCUGUGCAUCUCAAAUUCCCUGCUGGUCUACAAGAGGGACUGUGGCCUACUGAAUGAGGAAACCAAUGUCUCUCAAAUGGUUCCGCCUGGCAGUCGACCACAGUUUGAAGCAAGUCAACAAGCCAGCAUCCAAAGUUGUCUGACCAUCAUCCUCCUCUCCACCACAGAUGUCGUCUCAGAAAAACACUACACCCAAGACCCUCACAACCACAACCAGAUGUGUGUUACGAUAACUGCAGACAUUUGCCACUUUACUGUGACAAGCAGGGUCGGUUCAACCUCUGUCCAAAGUGUGUGUCAAGAUGGAAUGUCAGAAAUGCAAUGUUUGGGGGCCUGGAUAGCUCAGCAAGUAAAGACGCUGACUACCACACCUGGAGUCACAAGUUCGAAUCCAGGGCGUGCUGAGUGACUCCAGUCAGGCUUCCUGAGCAACCAGUUGGCCUGGUUGCUAGGGGGGUAGAGUCAUGUUGGGUUAACCUCCUUGUGGUCGCUAUAAUGUGGUUCUCACUCUUGGUGGGGUGCGUGGUGCGUUGUGCGUGGAGACCGUGGAGAAUAGUGUGAGCCUCCACAUGCGCUAGGUCUCUGCGGUAACGUGCUCAACAAGCCACAUGAUGAGAUGCGUGGAUUGACUGUCUCAGAUGCGGAGGCAACUGAGAUUCAUCCUCCGCCACCCGG